CUUCUUUAUCUUCUUUGUUUGGUUUUACUUUUCAACUUAUAGUUUUGAACUAUAACAAUGCAACUAAUAUAUGAAGCAGCCUUCAAGAUAUAUUGAGUCCGUGAACGGAGUCCAUACCGUAGCAGCUCAAAGUAGAACAAGAUAGAGAAAGAGGAAACAUACCAGAAGAAGAAUGGAAAAGGUAGGUGAAGAUGAGGAGAAGACCAUUGAAGAAGCAAACGAUUCAAUUGACGAGACGAGGAGUGAUAAGGAAGCUGAAUAUAUCAGAGGUACAACUGCUGAUCAAGUUGAUCCAGUAGAUUCUAAAGAAGGCUCCACGGGUCCAUCUAACUCACACACUGUCUCCUCUAUCGAUCCUGAUUUUAAUGAAUCUUAUACGGAGGACGAAGAGAAGGUUCUCGCGUUUUUCAGACGUCAUAGUGGUUUGAUACCUGAGGUCACCGAGCGAAACAACUUCCCAUCCAUGAACAAGUCUGAAAAGAUGAUACUUCAGUUCCAAGAAGACACUCCUACAGAAACAGAACAAACAAGUGUAGUGUUCCAUAGUUUGAAAGAUAGCAGUGAGAUUUCCGAUAUUGGUGCAGUCAAUCUGAAUUCACAGGAAGUAGUAGAAGGAAAGUCAUCAUCAGCUUCAGGUGAGGAUAUCGAUGAUGAUUCAUCCAGUAACUCAGACCUUGAUUCCAGCCUUUCCAAGUAUUAUUUUGAUGGGUCCUUACCGGUUUCGACUUAUGUCGAAGAAUUUGAUACCCAUCAAGAUGAAUCUACUGUACCUAAAGAUGAAAAUCAGAUGCCUCUACUGCGUCGUAAGCACCCCAUGCAGCAACCAACUUCGUGGAAGAAUUGUUGUGGACUCCUUCAGCUUCUCCGGGCAGCUAAUCCAUAAUAUUCAGACACCAAAAAAAGUUGACCCAGAGAAAACCAAGAUUCUGCAAUGAAUAGAUCUAUGCAGAAUAUAAGGAAUAAACGGAAUAAGCACUACACCCUAGAGGCCAGAGCGACAUAUUCAUAGCAGAUAGAGAUAUGACUCGUUGUUCUAGUACUCAUCAUAUCAUGGUUUCUAUUAGCAAGUUGCUCUUGUUCUUCAUUUUCUUAAGUUUCUAAGCAAUGGCUAGAAUGUGUGUUAAGUGUAACGAAGCACUGUCAAGCAAGUGUCUCUUUGUUAUUCAUUCAACAGAAAUACAGCAAACUGAUGACAA